AUGAAAGCAAGUAUUAGGCUUUUCUCUACAUUUCUUCUUACUCUGCCCAAAAAAAGCCAAUCUUCAUUGUUUGCAGGUUAAAAUGAUUUUGGUAAAUGAUGAAGAAUUAAUUAAGUUUUUAACUAAAAUAAAUUAAUUGAUAUCAAUUGUUAUAAAGUUAAAAAUUCUGCUCAUUCGCAAAAUAAAACGAUUAUCCUAGGAUUAUUAAUUAUGCAAUGCUAGUUUUUUGAAGGGGAUUUAGCUUCGCUUUUUCUAUUACAAGCAAAAUCCCAAGUUUUAUCGAUCCUUCUUUUCUUUCUCCAUUAAAACUCGUCCAAGAAGAACUUCAAAUUGACUACAUUAUUGAUGCUAAAAGCGACUUUGAUGAAAUCUCAAAGCAAUUUCUCACAGAACUUCUAGAAAAUUCCAUUCAAGUUGUAUCCUACCUUCUUCAAGAUGCUCAAGCAACUAUAUCGCCAUCUGCAUCCAACAGCUCAUUUUGUCCUGAAAUUGAAUGAAUAGCCUAUUCAGAGAAUUUUCAUUCAGAUAUCAUUUUGCUUAUUGCAAAUGAUAAAAAAUCAAGAUAUCCGUUAAGUUUUGAAGACUGCUCUUCAGAUCUUUAUCCUGCAAAACUUGGGCUUAUAAAGGUAAACAUGCCUCUACUUCUUGCCGAAAAUGACAUCUCAACAAUUUAUACAAUAGUUGAGAGCUUAUCAAAGGCUUACCUUGGAAAUGCUGAAAUUCUUGAGAAGCUUGAUGAGAUAUUUAAUUCAAACUUGGGUGCUUCUUGCACUAUAGCAUGCAAAGUUUGCAAUACCAAUACAGGUUCAUGUGUUACAUGCUAAUCCAUUAUAAAUUAAUAAAAGCAUCUAAAUGGUUAGUCAAAACUCUGUAUUCUUAUAAUAUAAUAAAAUUUAAGGUCAAUUAUAGAACAUUUUAUUCUAUGCAAUAGAUAUAUGACUCUGCUCAUAUGAAAAUAAAAAAUGGGGUUUGUUAUUGCUCUGACCCGAACGCAAUAUAUUUCUCCCCAACAAACUCUUGUGUAUGCAAGAAUGGCUACUAUUUAAAUAGCACAAGCUUGUGUACACCAUGUCCUGCAAUUUGUGCCUCUUGCUCAAGCUCAACAAACUGCUUAUCCUGCAUAAACCCUACCCAAAUGACUCUUUAUAAUAACUGAUGCUAUUGCUCAUUUCCUGAAGGAUCAGUCUUUAAUUCUACUUUAAAUAUUUGUAAUUGUCCCGAUGGUACAUGGACUUAUGGAGAUGCAUGCCAAGCAUGCAAUGCAACUUGCAGCUCUUGCAUUAAUCUGGAUACUUGCACAUCAUGCAGUGAUUUUGGAAUAAUAAAAAAGUGUAAAUUAUUGGCAUUUUUAAAAAAUUUUGAAAGCUAAAUUUAAAAUAACGAAUAAACUCCCUCCCUCCGUGAGCGAACAAAAAAAUUUUGUUCGCUCACAGACUUUUUUUUUUUAAAUUUAUAUAUAUAAAUUUUUGUGCUGAUUUUUUUCAAGAUUUAAAAAAUUUCAAUUCAUAAAAUUUAAUUUAAUUUGCAAUUUUUAUAAGACUUAAUAAUUUAGUUAUCUAUUAUUAUUAUUUUUUGCAAAGUAGGCAAGGCGAUUUAUAAAUUUGUCGAAAUAAUCCUUUUCCACUAAUCCGUGAUUCUGCUAAUAUGAAUUUAAUUGGAGGAAUUUGCAGCUGCAAAGAUCCAAAUGCCAUUUUUAACGAAACAUUAGGACUCUGUAAAUGUGAAGAAGGAUAUUACAUGGAAAAUGCAAUUUGUAAUGCAUGUCAACCACCAUGUGAAACAUGCAGCAAUGCAACUUUUUGCAAUUCGUGCAUCAUAUCAAGCAUGCCUUUAAUUGGUGGCAACUGCACUUGUCCUGCAAAUACUACAUUCAGCAAAUCUGAAGACAGCUGUGUUUGCGAUAUUGGAAUGUUUUUAAAUAGUGACCAAGUUUGUGAGCCUUGUCUACCAGAAUGUGCUACUUGCAAUAAUGCAACAUCAUGCUUAACUUGUAUUGACCCAGAUUUUAUGACAAUUGAAAAUGGCAUUUGCUAUUGCAAUUCUCAGGGAAGCUUUAAUACAACUACUCGAGAGUGUACUUGUCCUGCUGGACAGUUUGGGUUUAUCCUCGACUUCUUAAUCAGGUGCAACAGUCUCCUUUGCCUUCAGGCUUUAAUCUUGAGGGUUGGCUUAUGCAUUUCUGCCACCCCGCAAUAGGUAUGGAGAAGCUUAGCUCAAAUAAUUAUUUACUUGAGGUCUAGCAAAUGUCAUUUAUUUUCUUCAUCAGCUACAGAAAAGUUUUCUCUUUAUGGAAAGCCAAAACCGGUUUUCGGUAGAUGCGACACCCAAGGGUUUAUAGAGCAUUGCUUAAAGAUCUCCGUUUUAGACACAGUAAAGGAUUAUGUCCUAAUAUAUUUACUAAGGUUUCUCUUUAUUUCAGCAUGCAGCUUGAAAUCCAUUUACUUCUCCGAGGCCUUGUAGCUAUAGUUAUUAUACCAAAAGUGAGAGCUAACAAGUGCUACCAUUUUAAUUUAUAGAUAUUUGAACAGUUUAGAGAGAAGGUUCAACUUGUGCUUCAUGUUCUAAUACUGGGUGUGCUGCCUGCAAAAACGCAACAUAUUGUAUAUCUUAAUACCAUAAUGAUAAAAUGGCGAUGCAUGCGAAAUUCACUAGCGAAAUUUCCUCUUUUAUCAUUAUGAGGUUCAGCUUUCCCAGAAUCCUUAUCCAGCUAGAAGGUAAGCUAAUGGGAGUGCUGGGCAACCUUCUGGCCUCAUCUUUGGGUACUUGAAAGAUUAGGGUUUAAUCCACCAGCACACCUGAGGAAGUUCCUUUAGGUGGGAAUUCUUUCAGGAGCUGAGUAACGCCCAUAAGCAAGCAUCUAGUAAGAAGUGCAGCAAGGCUGGUGGUGCCACUUGUUUAGCAGGCGGUGCUGAAAUAAGCCAAAAUAAGAGCAGAAUCGCCCGCUGACGUCACUAGUUUGACAAUAUCCCUAUUUUAGGGGACAGAACCAGAAACUAUCGGCAUUAGAUAAUAAAUAAGUAAGCGUAUCUUGCUACACUACAUCUUAUGGUGGGUAUUUUAAUUAUGAACUGGUAAACGGUAGUCUCAUUUUUUUAAGUAUCAUUCGCUUCAACCAAGGUAUGCCAAAAUAAAAAUAAAAGAUAUUUAUAGAACAAGAUCUUAAUAAAUUACAGUAGAUAAGUAUGCCAUUUCUUAUAAAUAACUAAAUAAAAAAAAUUAAUUAGAGAUGCGAGCAUUACUCAAGUAUACUACAUUUAGCAAAACAUAAACCCCACCCCUGAUCUAACAUAAACCCCUUCAAUGCCAUACUACCUAUGUUCGAUAAUAAGAAAUAUAAGAGAUACUGUAGCAUUUUCACUCCUUCGCUAUUAAAACGCAAUUUAUAGUAUACUAAUUGACCAAGAAUAGCCCACUAAGGAGCCAUUCUUGGUCUGCCAGAAAAAUUUUGACAAAAGAUCCUAAUCUGCCAUUACCACUUGAGUUUUGGUGUUUUCCAAAUUUUUUGGGCAAGCCAAACGCAAUAAAAAAAAUUGUUCUUUUGCGAUGAUGCAUUUGGCUUGUCAAAAAAAUUUGGUAACAUCAAAACUCAGUGGUAAUGGCAGAAAAGAUCCUAAUCUGCCAUUACCACUUGAGUUUUGGUGUUUCCAAAUUAUUUUGACAAGCCAAAUGCAUCAUCGCAAAAGAUCAAUUUUUUUUAUUGCGUUUGGCUUGCCCAAAAAUUUGGAAACACCAAAACUCAAGUGGUAAUGGCAGAUUAGGAUCUUUUGUCAAAAUUUUUCUGGCAGACCAAGAAUGGCUCCUUAGUGGGCUAUUCUUGGUCAAUUAGAAUAUGUUUAUACACAUAUUUAAUACUUCACUUCAUAUCCCUACUAUAUACAAAAUUUUUAUUUGACUAUCAAAUUAAACUCAUAUUUUUGGAUUUAAUUUAAAUGAGAUAUAUCAUUUUUUUAUAUAUACAAUAACUAUUUGGGUAAAUUAAAUUUGUUAAAAAUCAAUUAGUUUAACGAAGUCGAUUCUAAACAUUGUAUUUGUCUAUGAAACAUAAUUAUGCUUGAAUUGAUUUAUUUGUUUCUAUCCAUUUUAAAGAAGAAUUUACUGUAUUCAUACUUAAAAUGCAUUAAUUAAGUUAUAUUCAGCGUAUUUUUCUAUUAACUCCUUUAUUUAUUACUCUAAAAAAUUUUACGAUAUAAAAAUUUUAUUCAUAGUAGGGAUAUGAAAUAAAGUAUUGUGCAAGCAUGCUAUAAACCACAUUUUAAUAAUUUGGAGGAAAAAUACUGCAAUAUAUCUUGCAUUCUUAUUAUUAAGACUAGGUAGUUUGGUAUUGAGAAGGCAGGCGGAGUUUAUGUUUGGCCAUAUAUUCGCUGCACGUUCCGUAAAAUAAAAGCAUUUCUUCAUUAAAAGCAAAUUUAUUCUACAGCUGGCUAAUCAUCAUUCCUUUGUAUUUGGAUAUCUUUUAAACUUUACAUUUAGAGGUCGAGUGACCAUUUAUGGCGGAACCAAAGCUCACUGCAUGGACUUAAGGCCGUUAUUACCCAACACUAGUUAUAGCAAGGCGAUUUUUAUAUUAAGCAUCACGCCCGUUAUCUUGAACAAAACACUUUGCUUCGACGCAAUUACUCCCAAUUACCUUUAAAUCUUCUCUGUAGAAUUGCUUCCAUCUUGCUUUAGACGAUUCAUCUCUCGGCCAGCUUGAGCAACGCAAAGAUUCGAGCAGCCUGCACAACUCAGUCUUCGUUCAACUCGCUUUGAUGCCAAUCCACCUCUUCAGCCAUCCUAUCCAUGAGCCAAGGCCUGUUAGCCCAUGGAAAGGCUUGGCAUUAGUAAAACACCUAAAGUUAGUGGGUAGAAAUAAACUUAAAUAAAAGUAGCUUAAGGUCAAUAAGUUAAUUUCAUCUUUGGCUCACAUUUUUCUUUAUAUUUGGACAUCAAAUAUAAAUUAUUAUUUUUAUUUAUUUUUGUAUAAUUAGCAUCUUUAUUCAACUUUAACCUUUUGAAAUAAAAAUCACUAAAUUGUAUAGAAGUAAUAGCAUGGCUUCUUAUUUUCUAUAUAGAGUCCAUAAAUAGCUGUGACUAGAUUUGAACAUUGCGGCAUAUAUUUCUGUGAGAAUAUUGCUUCCCAAAUAAAAAAGGAAUGCGAUUUUUAUGACUUCAUUUUCUUAUCUAGCCAGCAGCUAGAAUAGGUUUACUUUUAAUAAUUAAUGCUUUGAUUUUAAGGAAAAUAUAGUAAAUAUGGGAUAUGAAUAAUAUUCUUCACCUCUAAUUUAUUUGUUUAUAUUUACAAAAAAUGACAAAUUUGGUCUGUUGUGAUUUUAUCGAGAUUUUUAUUCUAUAAAAAUACUUCGUUUUAUUUUAAGAAUUUUGAACUGUUUAUUGCUUUUUUAAAGAGCCUAAACGGUGUUUGCGAAUGCUCAGUCCCUAAUUCCGUUCCACAAGGAUAUAUGGGCUGUUAUUGCUCUCAAGGUUAUUAUUAUUAUUAUAUGAAUGGAAAUAAAUGUACUGCUUGUCCAGCUACAUGCCAAUCAUGUUACUAUGACCCAGGCAAUCCGACAAAUAAUUUUAUAACUUGUAACAGUUGCAUUUAUCCAGGCAUGACUUAUACCAAUAGUCGCUUAUGCCAAUGCCCCAGCAAUUCUUAUUUCGUCACUCAAUCUAAGUCUUGCCAGUGUAAUGGAGGCUAUUAUAAGUAUGUUUACCCGCCGUGUACCCCCUGCUCUUUGCCUUGUAGGAACUGUAAUUCUCCUACGAAUUGCACUUCUUGUGCUCUUCCAAACCAAAUGACUUUAUCAAAUAAUUAUUGUACUUGCACCUCGCCAAGCAACUCUGUCUAUAAUUCAACUAUGAAUCAAUGCACUUGCCCAGACCAGACAUAUCUUAACGGCACAACCUGUGAUAAUUGCGCUGAAACUUGCAUGAGCUGUGAGAGCAACACAGAAUGCUUGGCAUGCAUAGACCCUGCUCACAUGACGCUCGAAAGCAAUGGGACCUGCACUUGUCCUGCAAACUCAACUUUUAAAGGAAACACUUGUGUUUGCAACAAUGGUUAUUUCUGGCUCUCUUCUGAAUACGAGUGUGCGAAGUGCCAGCCUCCAUGUCAGCAAUGUAGUAAUGAAACAACUUGCCUAAGCUGUUUGGACCCAUAUAACAUGUAUUUAAAUAAUGGAGAAUGCUAUUGUAGAGAUCCACAUGCAGUUUUCGAUAUCCAUGAGAAUGUAUGUGUAUGCUCUAUUGGAUAUUUUAUGAGUAAUUCCCAGUGCUUUUCUUGUCCAGAUACAUGCUCAUCAUGUGAAAACAAUAAUAACUGCACAAGCUGCGUUAAUGAAAAUCAGAUGAGCUUGGUUAAUGGAUAUUGCACUUGCACUGAUCCAAGCAACUCUGUCUUUAAUCCAGAACUUAGCCAAUGUAUUUGUCCAGGAAGGACAUAUUUGAAUGGUACGAGCUGCAGCAUUUGCCAUGAUACUUGUUAUAGCUGCGAGAACAGUUCAGAGUGCUUGACUUGCAUAAACCCAGUUAUGACACUUGAAAACAAUGGGACUUGUAUUUGCCCAGCAAACUCAUAUUUUAUACAAGAUGGAUGCGAGUGCAAAAGCCAAUUCUACUGAAAUGGCGGUGAGUGUGAGGAAUGCUAUCAAACAUGCCUAGAGUGUGAGGAAUUUAAUUUUUGCUCGAGCUGCAUUGAUCAAAAUGGCAUGAUUUUAAAUAAUGGUCAAUGCAGUUGCAUAGAUCCUCACGCAUAUUUUGAUCCUCAAGAAAGCUUAUGCUUAUGCUCUGAGGGAUAUUUUAUGAUAGAUUAUGCAUGUUGGGCUUGCCCAGAGACUUGCUCUACAUGCGAUAACAAUACAAAUUGCGCAAGCUGCAUUGAUGAAAAUCAUAUGAUUUUGGUUAAUGGCACUUGCAGCUGCAGCGAUCCAAAUUCAACCUUCAUUUCAAGUCAAAGAAUGUGUGUCUGCAACCAAGGAUAUCAAUAUUGAAAUAAUGAAUGCAUAGAAUGUCCUGUGGAAUGCUCUUUAUGCUCUGAUAGUGAUGUUUGCAUUGAGUGUGCAAAUUCAGAGGAAAUGACCAUCAUAUCGUCAGUAUGUGUUUGUAACAAAAAUAAUACAGUUUAUAAUCCAUUGACAAACAGCUGUAUUUGCAGACAGCAAUAUUAUUAUGAUGGAGAUGAGUGUGUAGCUUGCCAGUCUCCUAUGUGUGAUGUAUGUGAAAACGAUAGAUGCUUGUCGUGUAUCGACCCUAUUAAUAUGACUUUGGAAUCUGGGAUUUGCUACUGUAGAGAUCAAAAUUCAUUUUUUAAUACUUCUUCUAGCUGUUGCCAGUGUUUAAGCAAUUAUUUAUCAAAUUUGCAGCGAAAUUUUAUUCAGGGGAUAAAGCUAUUUCAAACUUUUCUUUAAACAUAGCAGAUCUUGCAUAUUUGGUUAUUUGGUUAAUCGGUGAAUUCUAAUAAUUAGUUGUUCAAAAUCGUUCUUUAUAAGAUAAUAGGUAAAUUUAGCUGUUAAAUAAGAAUUCAUUUAAAAUAGCUCGCUCCCAGGAGGAUGCAUAAUUUUAAUUAUUAUUGAUGGGACUCAGAGAUAUAAAAUUUUCUUUUCAAUAUAAUUAUGCAAAAUUGGAAAGGAAAAUUAAUUUAAUUUAUAAAAUUUAUCCUUAAAACAUAAGCUGGAUAUUUAAUUAUAAUAACACAAUUAAAAAUGGAGUGCAUGAAUUAGGGUCACUGUCCCCUAAGGUCAUCCUAGUGAGGGAAGUUCAGACUUUCUGAAGGAUAUUAGCACUGGAACUGCUUCGGCAGUUCCCUGUGUACCUGAAUCACCUUCAGGUUAUCAAGAGAGACUCGUCAGGGCCAUAGACUACCGUAACGGUUCGACGGUUAGGCCGAUUCCACCUACCGUUGUUCAGAGCUGUUAGUCAGAGGAUGGAAUUCAUGGAAGGAUGAGCUUGUAUUUUUUAGAUCCUAAGCUAAGAGUGGGUCGACAAAGUGUUAUCGUAAACUUAAACUUAAACUUAAACUUAAAUUAUAAUAAAAAUAUUUUGCUCGGUUAUGAGUUUUUCUUAAAAAGAGCUAAAAUUUGUUUAUGUGUCUCUGCAUAGCCCAUCAUUAAUUUUUAUUGCCAGUUUUCUUGAAAAAAUUACAUUCGAAAAUGAAAAAAUCUCCGUUUGUGUUUUUAAGAGGGCCAAUCAGACUCAGACUAUACAAGCAUACGUCCGGACCAUAUGCUUUCUGGUCGGUAUUGCCCUAGGUUAUAGCGAUCUCUAUGGCUCAUAAGCUAUGAAAAACUUGAUAAUUGUUUUUUAUAAGUUGUUUUCAUUGAUAAAAAUAUAAGCGAGCAACUUUAAUCAAUUAUGAAGGGUGCUGAUUUUAAAUUUUACAGUAAAGUUUUAUUUCAAACAAGCAAAUUAAUUUUUUUAAUUUGAAUAAUUUGAUUUUAAUAGAAUUAGCUGGAGAUUUUUAUUAUUAAUUAUCUCUAGCAAAAAUCUUGUCCCUGACCAAAGGAGAAGUAAGGAUAAUAACUCCCCCCCAUCCUUGAUCGAACGAUUGAUUGUAAAAAUUCUAAAAUUUGGGGAAAUUUACCCCAUCCUUGAUCGAACGAUUUUCAUAUCAUGCAAAUUUUUAUAUAUAUAUAAAAAAUAUUAGUUAUCAAAAGUUUGGAAGAUGUGCCUAAUGAAGUUGUUUUCAGAGUUUUGAGACGACAGAAAGCUGCAAAAUCAACCAUCCGAAGUGAUUUAGUCAUCAACCUAGGCUUAAAAACUCAAUAAUCUAAUAAAAUAGAGAUUCUUUAAAAUUUUUAAAAAAAUUUAAUUUAAAUUAAAAUUUAUACAGUUUUAAAAGUAACUAAUAAAUCAAAAUAUUAAAAAUUGGUAUUUUUAUGAAAUUAAUUCAAUUUUUGCUGUAAAAAUAAUUAUUAAAUACUCUUAACACUCUUAUUUAAAAGUAAAUAACAAAAAUCUAUAUAUAUAUUUUUCAUUUUAUAUAUAAAAUGUUUUCCCAUAAAAAUUUUUUUUUUAAACCCCCAUCCUUGAUCGAACUAUGGUGAUUCGUUCGAUCAAGAGUAAGCAAAAAAUCAUGGAGCCAUCAUAUUUAAUUGGAAAUGCUUUGCAAUGCAUCCCAUUAUCAAGCCCAUGCAGAGAGUUUUCAGUGGAUGGCAUAUGCUUGAAGUGUGCUGAUAAUAGUAUGGAAUUAUAUGAAGGCCAAUGCUAUUGCUUAGAUCCUAAUACUUCAUAUAAUAAAAAUAAUCAAAACUGUACUUGCAAUUUCGGUUAUCAAUUAACAACCUAUAGUAAGCUUUGUCAGCCAUGCGAUAGCUAUUUAAAUGGAGGAAUAAUGGGUUGCAUUAAUUGCAAUAAUGGCCAAUGUUUAGAGUGCCAGAAAAAUAUGGUACUUUCUAAUGGUGACUGCAUUUGCAAAAUUGGAUUUGUAUUAGACAAUAUUUUAUACAUUUUUCGAUAAUGAUACAUUCUAGUCUAGAUUAGCUUAUUGUAAACCAUAAAAUAGCUUUGUAUAUAUUUCAAUGUUAGAUAUGUUCAAAAACACUUUACAGCCAGAAUUCAUUAUUAUUGAUAUUUUACUGCAUUAAAUAAUUUUGUUUGGUACGGAAUAUUAAGUUAAAAAAAAAAUAGGCAAAAUUCUGCUUUUUAGGUAAAUUAUCACCUUUAAUUGGAGCAAAGUUUUAAUUUUUUUCAUGGUGUGAAUUUAUAGGUGAAAAUACUAAAUUUUUAUAUAAUAACUUUGAAUUAAUUUUAAGAAAGAAGUGCUAUUAAGCUUCUUAUGAAUUUCUAAAGUUUAUUUUAUAUAAAUUAAUUUUCAUUUUUAAUAGGCAAAAUAGCAUGAAAAUCAAAAUUAACUUAUAGCGAUCUUUAAAUGCUUAAAAUAUUUCCUUUGAAUCUUCUAAAAGUGUAUAGGCACUUGUGUUUGUGCGCCAGGAUUUUGAAAUAGCACUGAAUGCCCUUCUUGUGACUGUUAUUCAUGUUUUGCAAAUGGAACUUGCUUGGAGCCUUGCGCUCAAGAUUCCUUUUGGAAUAAUGGAGUCUGUAGUUGUAAUAGCGGCUUUUAUCAGUGCGGUGAUAAUCAAUGCUGCAACUUGGAUAGAACGUGCAGUAUGUGAAAUUCAAAUAAUUGCGGUGGCUGCAAUGGAAAGAUGUAUCUAUCUACUGAUUUGGAAUGCAUAUGUGGAGGCGGCAGUAUUUAUAGUCCUGAACUAAAUGAUUGUGUAUGCCCUCAAGGCGAGUACUACCUUAAUACCGGGUUUUGCGAUACUUGCACGCGCUAUUGCAAUAACUGCACAAAUUCUGGGGAAUGCAUCUCAUGUCAAGCACCAUUUUUCCUUCAAAACGAAACUUGUACCUGCGAUCCUAACGCAAUUCAAUCAUGAAAUAACUGUAUAUGUAAGGAUGGGUAUUAUACAGGCUCAGAUUAUUCAUGCUUGCCGUGUCCUGAACAUUGCGCAACUUGCAUUUCAUCUACCAAAUGCACUUCCUGCAAUGGCGAUUUGUUGCUUGUUAAUAAUAAAUGCCUUUGCUCAGAUAUCAAUGCUGUAUAUAACAUUGAGGACGGUCAGUGCAAAUGUGCAGCUGGGUAUUAUGGUAAAAGCUCUAAAUGUGUUGCUUGCUUGGCGUCUUGCUAUAAUUGUUUGGAUGAUGGGACUACAUGCACUUCUUGUGCUGAUAAAAAGAAUAUGGUUUUAAUUGGAGGAGUAUGCAGUUGUGUUGACCCUAAUGCGGUGUUUAACUCAACUACAAUGAAGUGCGAGUGUCCAAAUGGAUAUUAUAACGGGAUUUGCAAUGGUUGUGGGUCAAGCUGUUCUCAAUGCUCUAAUAACAGAUGCUACAGUUGUUAUGACCCUGCUAAUAUGGUUUUGGUGGAAAACUCAUGCACUUGCAUAGACCCAAACUCAUAUUUUGUGGAAUGGGCAAAAAUUUGCUCCUGCAAUUCCGGGUUCUAUUAUAAUGGGCAGAUCUGCGCCCCAUUUCCAGGUCUUAUAUUUAACAAGCAGAUAAAAUAA